AUGUCCUUCGCCAACAUCGACCUCGAGGCCCAAAAGAAGCCUUUGCUACAGAAAGGUGCAGGUGAUAAAUACACGGAUAUCGAAACCACUGAUUUGGAUAGGAUUAUCGAUAAGACAUCAAAGCAACUACAAACAUUCAACCAGCAGAUUUCACUGUUUGAUCAGCAACGUAGACAACUAGGCUCCAAACGAGACUGCGUACAGUUACGGUCCAAUAUUGAUACUUCGAUUGAGCAUAUAAGUGAGUUAUACAAUGCUAUAGAGCAUUUAAUAACUAAUUUGUCACAAUUAAUCAAUAUAAGUGCAGGUGACAAAUCGGAUGGAUCUGACAAACUUAAAGUUAAUACCCGCCAUAUUGUGAUCAAGGAGAGACUCGUAGGUGAAUUUAAUGAGCUAGAUAAGAAAUUCAAACGAUUAGUCAAGGUGUAUCAAGAAAAGAAAAGAGUUACUCCAAUAGUUACUAAAGCGGUUUCUCAUAGUGAUGAUAAGGACCCAAAUCGUGAUGAUCAGCACCAGCUUCAACAACAACAACAGAAACAGUUGGAACCCGAAUUGGACCAAUAUCUAGUCGAACAAACCGAAUUGCAAUAUCAUCUACAAUUAACGGAAGAGCGAAAUCGGGAAAUUGAGCAAGUAACUGAGGGUAUAAUGGAGGUAAAUUCAAUAUUUAAGGACUUAGAUCAGCUUAUACAUCAACAGGGCGAACAGCUCAACACAGUAGAAGACAACAUAUUGCAACUUCAUGGUAAUACACAACAAGCGGAUAGAGAGUUAACCAAGGCAAAUAAUUAUCAGAAGCUGAAAGGAAAAUGGUCAUGCAUUUUGCUCACGGCAUUGACUAUAGUGGUGUUGAUAGUGGUUCUUGCAGUUGUUAGCUAA